UUACCAUUCGGGUGGUUUACCCUAUAUAGCCAAGCAAAGUCAGGAGAGUGAGUGGCAAAUACCACUCACCAUACUACUGUUCAGGAUGAGUGGUAUCGCCCUGUUCGAAAAUUUAUAGCAUAAUAAAAGUAUCGAUUUUAUGUUGAUUUUCUUGUUUUUUGGUAACAUAAUCAUAAAUAGUCCAAUUAGAAUUCCUAUGUUUAGCUCAUUAAUAAGUUUGAAAUAAUCCCAUUAGUAUUUGUUAGGAGAUAUAGGGCUAAUAUGACUCCGUAUGUGAACGGUCAUUUUGAAUGGCAGGAGAAUAAAAUUGUUAAAACACUUACAUGCAUUCACACUUAACACAUAAGGAACUAGCGCUAACGGAUGGAUUCUGUAUCGACGGAAUUACGUUGUUAGGUAGACAAAUGGGUCUGAAUAGGGGUAGUAGGGCUUCACGUCUCGCAGUAGCUUUCUUUUCCACUCAAGCGCUCGAAGGAGCAAGAUCAGUUCAGAAGCCUAAAGUGAUCUAAAGUGAAAAUCCUAAAGUGAAGUCUAUACUUUAGCAGAAGUCUCAAUCUGACUUGUAGAAGUUUUUAUCGGUGAAGAAAGAAGAAAAGAGAAAAGAAAGAGAGAAGAGAAGAGCUAUUAGCAGGUUUUGGUGAAGAUUCAGGACCCAGCAGGUGCUGACCACGUUUUGGUCUAGCUCCAAGUUUCGACAACGUGUCAUACGACCGCCUGGUGCCCUAUAGCGAUCCGCCGUGGCGGGUUCUUCGUCGACGGCGCUCAGGGUUAAUCGCAUCCACCUCACGAGACGAGCACGUGCCCAUCCAGCAGUUCCAGCUAAGCCGGCCGGCCAUCGAAUCCUCCCCACACACACACUACACACCACACAGCGUAAGUUAUUCCUAAUAAAAAGUGAUUAACAGUAAUAGACCGAGUGCGUUGUUUUGUUCUCUGAUCAGCCCCCCCCCGUUCGCUCGUUGUCUAGCCGACCCUGGAAAAGAGGCGGGUGUAGCCCACCCCGGACGGCUUCCGCGGCUGGACCAGAAGCCAGGGGAUUUGGAGUGCCAGAACCCUUCUGGUUCGGCACUCUAGUCAGGAAUUGUUCUCUCGUAACAAUUGGCGCCCAACUUGAAAAGACAACGCUGAUCAGAUUACAAGCAACAAAUAAUACGGAGUGAGCUAGGGAUCAAGGUCAGGAACAGCUUGAAUUGCUUUGUUUGGUGCUAUAGACGGUGAAUUACUCAAAUGGUUAAUGCGAUAUCUACUCUCUCACCACAUUCGUAUGAUCUUGGUACUGCUUACUAGUGCGCGUACACUCUCAAAAGCGAAGAUUUAUUAUUGAUGGUCAACCAAAUACCGGGAGCAUUUCGUUGAGUUAGAUUUUUGGAUUAGUUUUUUUUUAAUGGGUCUUGACUCUUCUAUGGUAUCAAUCUCUAUUUCUAAUUAGAUUUUGUGCUAUUAUAGUUUUUUUUAAAUUGAGUACUGGUGCAACAUUCAUUAAAAUGGAUUUGCAAAGCUUGUACAAGAACAUGGAUGUAUCUCACCUCUCUGUAGACGAGGUUGAGCAUGAGUUGCUGAUACGGAACAUUCUAUUUGAUUUGGACGAACAUGAGAGUAAGAAGAGAAGAAAGUUGAAAGAUCGUAUGCGUGAAGAACGAGAAUUGGAUUCGGUUGUGCACUCAGUGACUUGGAGAGAAGCGAAUGAGGAGAUGACGAUUAUCAACUCGAAGAUCUUGAUUAUCGAAGGACUGUUAGCCAGUUCAAAAUGUGAUGUACGGCAGAGGGAAAAGUUGAGAACCCGCUUGAUCCACUACAGAGUGAGAAUUUUUUCGCUCUUUCGUGCGCCUCAGGCUCGUAGAUAUCAGACCGAAGUGACAAAGCUAGGUAGAAAGGUAGCAGAAAUAGUCGAAAAAUACUUUCCCGAUUACGCCUUGGUCGACGGUGAUAGCUGCAAGCCACCGAAGACAUUUGAACAAGAUUUGAGCUUGGCAAUUGAAGAUGUGCGUAAUGAAUUGGAAAUGCUGAACGAAACCGCUUGCGGGAAUGAUUUGCAGGAUACGGAAGAAGAGGCAAGCGGUGGAGUAAAGCCAACCUUAGAGUCGAAACGAAGGACUAUGGAAAGAUCAGUACAGAGAUCGAAAGAAAUUUUGGACAAGUUGACAGAUUAUGAGAAAGGAAAAGUAGAAAAUGUGGGUGAUUUGGUGAGGCAUUUCCGGGAUUUUGUGAUAGCUACAACAAAGCAGGAAGAAGAUAGGAGAAAAAGGGAGAUUGAGAUUGAAGAGAGGCGAAUGAAACAGGCAGCCGAGGGUAUAGAGAGGAAGAAAAGAUUGGAAAAGCUUCUGGUCGACCUUAAUGAGAAAAUCAAAAUCGAGCCGACAGUGAUUCCCAAGCAGGAAAGAGACUUGCCAAUUGAAGCGGGUGUUUCGGACAAAAAUAAGUUUGAGCCCAGAGUCAAACAGGGUUUGCUAAAGUCUGAUUCUGAAGACCAGUUUCAAACUCCAUCUGGCAGUUCUGAUGAACGGCCACCGGAGAAAAACCUCAAAUUUAGGAAAACCAGCAGGGAUAAUCGGGAGUUAAACGUUCGUAAAUCCGGAAAGCGACCACGAAAGCUGAGCGUCUCAUCAGAGUUUUCAUAUGAGUCCAGCGAGAGUGCUUGGUCUUUUUAUUCCAACCAAGCAAGUUCCGCAGACUCGGAUAGGCCACGAAGAGUUCAGGAGCGAGUUAGAAGAGAAGUAAGGCAGAGAGAUAGGAGGGAACACCAAAGACCUCUCAAACGGAUCCCGAUGUCCGAAUGGCGAAUAAAAUAUGACGGAAAAGAUGGGGGUAGAAGAUUGGCGGAAUUUCUAAAAGAGGUGAAGAUGAGACGCAGGGCUGAAAGCAUUUCGGAUCGCGAGCUGUUCAGAGGUGCGAUUCACCUUUUCUCAGGGAGAGCCAAGGAUUGGUUUAUUGAGGGCAUGGAAAACCGAGAUUUCAGAAACUGGGGUGAACUGAAAUCCGAAUUGAAACGUGAAUUUCUUCCGCCAGAUCUCGAUUUUCAACUCGAGAUACAGGCAACAAAUCGACGACAAGCUCGUGGAGAGAAAUUUGUUGAUUAUCUCCACGACAUGUUGAAGAUAUUCCAAUCUAUGACUCGACCAAUAUCUGAAAGGAGGAAGUUUGAAAUUAUUUGGAGGAACAUGCGAUUUGAUUACAAGAACGCCAUGACUGGUGCUGGAAUCAAGUCAAUUUCUAAAUUAAAACGGUAUGGCAGAAUUGUCGACGAAAAUAACUGGAGCAUUUUCCAAAAGCCGCUCGACAAUUUGAACAAGCCUCGUUCCAAUCAGUUGAAUGAAAUUUCGACUGGCCAUAAAUUAAAAACCCUCAAACCGAAGGAUAAACCGAAACAGACAGAGCAAACCCCUACACAUGAGAGACAGAAGGCAGAAGAUAGGACUCAGUCGAAGGGGACUCCAGGGGACCCACCACAACCGAUGGAAGGUACCUCAAAGGGUACCUUACAAGAAUUGGCAAACCAAUACAAGCGUCCACCGAUUGGUACGUGCUACAAUUGUAGACAACGGGGACACCACUAUCCCGAAUGUGAGGAACCUAAAAGGAAAUUUUGUCGAAUGUGUGGCUUCUUGGGAGUUCUCACAAAAACUUGUCCGGCUUGUCCAAAAAACUCGGAGAGCUCAGCUUGAGGGA